GCUAGCCCUCUGCCUUUUUCUGGUACUGGGAUUUUUGUAUUAUUCUGCGUGGAAACUACAUUUAUUCCAGUGGGAGGACUCCAAUGUAGAAACUGAGGCUUCAGAGAGGGUCAGUGAUCAAGGAUUCAGUGGUUCUUUCCUUUGACUCCGCUGGACAAACACUAGGCUCAGAAUAUGAUCGGUUGGGCUUCCUCCUGAAGUUGGACUCUAAACUGAAGGUGACAUACUGGUGACUUGGAAGCAUAAAUGGAGUACAAAGAGGAUAUGAGGGACCUUCAGAUGCAUGGGGUAUAGAAGAAAGAGCAGCCUCCAUCACAUAGGGCUGUAGAGGAAAUGGUGUUUUCAGUGAAGACCCAGGUUUCUAUGAAAUUAGAAGAUGGAAGGAACAUUCACUGAAGAAGUCGAGGCUUCACGGAAGACAGUGGAAAGUUAGAAUAUGGUGAGGUGGGAGAGAAGUAAGAGAUUGAACCAUGAAGAAGAAGCAGACAGCAGUGACUUGAGCAUGAGAAAACUGAUGAGGAUGUCACCGAGGGAGCCUGCUGAGUUAGCCACCAAGUACGCAAACUUUUCAGAGGGAACUUGCAAGCCUGGCUAUGCUUCAGCCUUGAUGACUGUCAUCUUCCCCCGGUUCUCCAAGCCAGCUCCCAUGUUCCUGGAUGACUCCUUCCGCAAGUGGGCUAGGAUCCGGGAAUUUGUGCCGCCUUUUGGAAUCAAAGGUCAAGAUAAUCUGAUCAAAGCCAUCUUGUCCGUCACCAAAGAGUACCGCCUGACCCCUGCCUUGGACAGCCUCAGCUGCCGCCGCUGCAUCAUCGUGGGCAAUGGAGGUGUCCUUGCCAACAAGUCUCUGGGGUCACGAAUUGAUGACUAUGACAUUGUGGUCAGACUGAACUCAGCACCAGUGAAGGGCUUUGAGAAGGAUGUGGGCAGCAAAACUACACUGCGCAUCACCUACCCUGAGGGUGCCAUGCAGCGGCCUGAGCAAUAUGAACGUGAUUCUCUCUUUGUCCUCGCUGGCUUCAAGUGGCAGGACUUCAAGUGGUUGAAGUACAUCGUCUACAAGGAGAGAGUGAGCGCGUCAGAUGGCUUCUGGAAAUCUGUGGCCACUCGGGUGCCCAAGGAACCCCCUGAGAUUCGCAUCCUCAACCCAUAUUUCAUCCAGGAAGCCGCCUUCACCCUCAUCGGACUGCCUUUCAACAACGGCCUCAUGGGCCGCGGGAACAUCCCGACCCUCGGCAGUGUGGCAGUGACCAUGGCACUACACGGCUGUGAUGAGGUGGCAGUUGCAGGCUUCGGCUACGACAUGAGCACACCCAAUGCACCCCUGCACUACUAUGAGACCGUGCGCAUGGCAGCCAUCAAAGAGUCCUGGACGCACAACAUUCAGCGAGAGAAAGAGUUUCUGCGGAAGCUGGUGAAAGCGCAUGUCAUAACUGACCUAACCAGUGGCAUCUGAGGUGGACCCAGCACGUGGCCACAGAAGUCCAGCCACCGCCACCUGCCCACUUCAUUGGCCUCGGUCUGGCUCUGCCUGAGAGGUGCGGGAGCCUUCAGACCCAGAGAAGGACAGUGCCAAGUGGCCCCAGGGGUGGUGAGGCCUUGGUGGGGCAGCCAGAGCUGUGUCUGCUCAGAGGCCAGCCUCAGAGACCAGCACUAGGCCUCACUCUCAGCCUGGGUCCUUGAAGCCAGAGGGCCAGGAGGCCACUGGCCAUGCCCAGCGGGCCCAGCAUGCAGGAGGCAGACAUUAGGCAGCAAGGCUGCUGCCAGAAUCAUUUCUCCAAUCAGUGUUCAGUGUAUUAUCAUUUUGUGAAUUUGGGGUGGGGGGAGGGUAGGGAUAAUUUAUUUUUCAAUAAGGUUGGAGAUGUCAAGUUUGGUCUACUGGCGGUGCAGAAGACCCACUAAAGGGCCCCUCAGGCAGUGGUACCAAUGGGCUCCCUGUAGAGUGGGAGUGCCAGGACUAGCCUGUGUCCUGCUCUGGGGCUACAGGGAGAUGGGCAGGAUUUCAGGCCAGUCCCCUCCAGCUCAUGACACUGUUUGGCCUUUCUUGGGGAGCAGAUGGGAUAGUCCCACUCAGCAACCCCCAGCUGUCCCACAGGGAAACCCUGGAGCCAUCCUUUAAGCCAACAAGACGCCCCCGGGCUUGAGUGGAGAGAACUUCAGAGCUCAGGCAGUGAGGCCUGGCCCAGCCUGAUGGGAAUGCCCCUCCCUCCCCAACUGCAGCCGACCCAUAGGACAGUGCCCCAGGCCUGGAGUGACCAACUUGGCAGCUGUUCUGGGUUUCGGCAGUGAGACUGCCAGGUCCUUGGGUUCUGCCUUUAGCCUGGACCAGAGGGAAGUGAGGCUCAAGGACCUCACCCAGGCUGUGGCAGCCAUCCUGAGCAGCCAUCAUGGAAGCAAUAAAGCUCUUCCCUGAACC